AUGGAUAUCACGAAGUCAAUCUCUGAGUUUGACGAGGUUAAACUUGACGACAAACCCAUGCAGGACAAGUCCAACGUCAAAUCGCCUGGCGACGAAAAGCCUGAAGGUGGGGAGUCUGAUGAUGGAAAUCCCGAUACCACUUUUGCUUCCAUCACUGAGCAGAAUGCACUGAUUGAAGAAUUGACUUCACUCGUUACUAUUGAGGAUGAAAAGAUGGCAAGGGAGAUUAUCGAUCGCAUGCAAAAGUUGGAGGAAGAAGGCUGUGCUGCUCUCGAGCACUGCCACUUUGCUGCUAUUUCUUUGGUAGAAGAUUUGAAAGCUGACCCUCCAGCUGUUCCUGUCGCUGAAGCUCACUUGAAGCGUAUCGAAUUAAGAGAACGGGUAUGCAAGAAGCUUCAAGAGCUCAAGGACAUGUUUGACAUUCGUGUAGAGCAAGAGAUCGAGCUGGUACGUCGCAUCGUUGACAACGCUACGCUCUGUGAGCUGGAAGGUAUCACCCGCCUUAGCAGUGCUGACCGUCUGGAAAUUGCUCACGUCUACCUGCAAUUUUGCCUGGAUCACUACUCAGAAUUGUAA